AUGCUGCUGGUAUCUACCAACCCAUAUGACUACCACUUUUGCUCACAAGGAGUGGUUACAGUGGACAACUUGGAUGAUGGAGAAGAAUUGCUGGCAACAGAUCAAGCCAUGGACAUCUUGGGAUUUGUGCCAGAUGAGAAGUCUGGCUCCUACAAGCUCACAGGUGCCAUCAUGCACUUUGGGAAUAUGAAAUUCAAACAAAGACCCAGAGAAGAGCAGGCAGAGGCUGAUGGCACUGAAAGUGCCGACAAAGCUGCCUACCUAAUGGGAAUCAACUCCUCUGAUUUGAUUAAAGGUUUAUUGCACCCUAGAGUGAAAGUUGGCAACGAGUAUGUGACCAAAGGUCAAAGUGUUGAACAGGUUUUGUAUGCUGUUGGAGCCUUGUCUAAGGCAGUGUACGAUCGAAUGUUCAAAUGGCUGGUGGUCCGUAUCAACAAGACAUUGGACACUAAGCUGCCAAGGCAGUUCUUCAUUGGAGUCCUGGAUAUUGCUGGUUUUGAAAUCUUUGAUUUUAACAGCUUUGAGCAACUCUGCAUCAAUUACACUAAUGAGAAACUGCAACAGUUUUUCAAUCAUCACAUGUUUGUCCUGGAGCAAGAAGAGUAUAAGAAGGAAGGCAUUGAGUGGGUAUUCAUUGAUUUUGGCAUGGACCUGCAGGCCUGCAUUGAUCUAAUUGAGAAGCCAUUGGGAAUCCUGUCUAUCCUUGAAGAGGAAUGCAUGUUCCCGAAAGCUACAGAUAUGACAUUCAAAGCCAAGCUCUAUGACAAUCACCUUGGCAAGUCACCUAACUUGCAGAAGCCCAGGCCUGAUAAGAAAAGGAAAUAUGAAGCUCACUUUGAGCUUGUUCAUUAUGCGGGUUCUGUUGCCUAUAACAUCAUUGGGUGGCUUGAGAAGAACAAAGACCCACUUAAUGAAACUGUAGUAGGUAUUUUCCAAAAAUCAUCCAACAAACUGCUGGCAAGCCUGUUUGAGAGCUACGUUGGUGCUGACGGUGGUGACCAGGGUGGAGAAAAGAAACGCAAGAAAGGUGCUUCUUUUCAAACGGUGUCCUCAUUGCACAAGGAAAAUUUAAAUAAGCUGAUGACUAACUUAAAAUCCACAUCCCCUCACUUUGUACGAUGCAUUAUCCCCAAUGAAUCAAAAACUCCAGGUGAAAUGGAUGCUUUCCUUGUCUUGCAUCAGCUCCGCUGUAAUGGUGUCUUGGAAGGCAUCCGCAUUUGCCGGAAGGGCUUCCCAAACAGGGUACUCUAUGCUGACUUUAAACAAAGGUACCGCAUUCUGAACCCAGGUGCAAUCCCAGAGGAUAAAUUUGUGGAUAGCAGAAAAGCUGCUGAAAAACUGAUGGCAUCUUUAGAUGUUGACCAUAACCAAUAUCGUUUUGGACACACCAAGGUGUUCUUUAAGGCUGGGCUCUUGGGCCAUCUAGAAGAAAUGAGGGAUGAGAGACUGGCAAAAGUCUUAACAAUGAUCCAGGCAAGAGCACGUGGCAGACUGAUGCGAAUCGAGUUUCAGAAGAUAGUGGAGAGAAGGGAUGCCCUUCUUGUAAUUCAGUGGAACAUCCGUGCUUUUAUGGCUGUGAAGAACUGGCCCUGGAUGAAGCUUUUCUUUAAGAUCAAACCUCUUCUGAAGUCUGCAGAAACUGAAAAGGAGAUGGCCAAUAUGAAGGAAGAGUUCUUGAAACUGAAGGAGGCCCUGGAAAAAUCAGAAGCUAGGAGAAAAGAACUUGAAGAAAAGCAAGUCUCUUUAGUUCAGGAAAAAAAUGAUUUGCUUCUCCAGCUCCAAGCCGAGCAAGACACUCUGGCAGAUGCCGAGGAACGAUGUGACUUGUUGAUUAAAUCCAAGAUUCAGCUGGAGGCCAAAGUCAAAGAACUGACAGAGCGGGUUGAGGAUGAGGAAGAGAUGAAUUCUGAACUGACUUCUAAGAAGAGAAAAUUGGAAGAUGAGUGCUCUGAGCUCAAGAAGGAUAUUGAUGAUCUUGAAAUAACACUUGCAAAAGUAGAGAAAGAAAAGCAUGCUACUGAGAACAAGGUCAAAAAUCUGACGGAAGAAAUGGCGACUCUUGAUGAGAAUAUCAGCAAACUUACUAAGGAGAAAAAGUCCUUGCAGGAAGCUCACCAGCAAGUUCUGGAUGACCUACAAGCAGAGGAGGACAAGGUCAACACACUGAGCAAAGCUAAAGUGAAACUGGAACAGCAAGUGGAUGAUCUGGAGGGCUCACUUGAACAAGAGAAGAAAGUGAGGAUGGAUCUAGAAAGGGCAAAACGCAAACUGGAAGGGGAUUUGAAGCUGACGCAAGAGAGUGUCAUGGACUUGGAGAAUGACAAGCUGCAGAUGGAAGAAAAGCUGAAAAAGAAAGAAUUUGAAAUGAGCCAGCUGAAUUCCAAGAUAGAAGAUGAACAAGCUAUAGUGAUGCAGCUGCAGAAAAAGAUCAAGGAGCUUCAGGCUCGUAUAGAAGAACUAGAAGAGGAAUUGGAAGCAGAAAGAGCUGCUCGAGCUAAAGUGGAAAAGCAGAGAUCAGAUUUGGCCCGAGAGCUGGAGGAAUUAAGUGAGCGACUUGAGGAGGCUGGGGGAGCCACAGCUGCCCAGCUGGAGAUGAACAAGAAGCGUGAGGCAGAGUUCCUGAAGCUGCGGCGGGACCUCGAGGAGGCCACACUGCACUACGAAGCCACGGCUGCCACCCUGAGGAAGAAGCACGCAGACAGCGUGGCUGAGAUGGGGGAGCAACUGGACAACCUGCAGCGGGUCAAGCAGAAACUGGAAAAGGAGAAAAGCGAGCUGAAGAUGGAAGUGGAUGAUCUGACAUCCAACAUGGAGCAGAUGGUCAAGGGGAAAGCAAAUGCAGAGAAACUUUGCCGCACUUACGAAGACCACCUGAAUGAGACAAAAACAAAACUGGAUGAGAUGACUCGCCUCAUGAAUGACCUCACUACUCAGAAGACAAAACUUCAGAGCGAGAAUGGUGAAUUUGUAAGACAACUUGAAGAGAAGGAGUCACUGAUAAGUCAGCUGUCUCGGGGGAAAACAUCAUUUACACAACAGAUUGAAGAACUCAGGAGACAGCUAGAAGAGGAAACCAAGUCCAAAAAUGCCCUGGCUCAUGCCCUGCAAGCGGCCAGGCAUGACUGUGAUCUCUUGCGGGAGCAAUAUGAGGAGGAGCAAGAAGCCAAGGCAGAGCUGCAGCGGGCUCUCUCCAAGGGAAAUGCAGAAGUGGCACAGUGGAGAACAAAGUAUGAGACUGAUGCCAUUCAGAGAACUGAGGAGCUGGAAGAUGCCAAGAAGAAGCUCGCCGCUCGCCUGCAGGAAGCUGAGGAAGCAAUUGAAGCAGCCAAUGCCAAGUGCUCUUCUCUGGAAAAGACAAAGCACAGGCUGCAGAAUGAGCUGGAAGACAUGAUGAUUGACCUGGAGAAGGCCAACUCAGCAGCUGCCUCCCUGGACAAGAAGCAACGUGGGUUUGACAAGAUCAUCAGUGACUGGAAGCAGAAGUACGAAGAGUCACAGGCUGAGCUGGAGGCUUCCCAGAAGGAGGCCCGUGGCCUCAGCACUGAGCUCUUCAAGCUGAAGAACGCCUAUGAGGAGACGCUGGACCAUCUGGAGACAUUGAAAAGGGAAAACAAGAACCUCCAAGAGGAGAUUUCUGAUCUGACCAAUCAGAUCAGUGAAGGGAACAAGAGCCUCCAUGAAAUAGAAAAAAUCAAGAAACAGGUUGAACAAGAGAAGUCAGAAGUUCAGCUGGCUCUGGAAGAAGCAGAGGGAGCUUUGGAGCAUGAAGAAAGUAAGACCCUUCGCUUCCAGCUUGAACUUUCUCAGCUUAAAGCAGAGUUUGAAAGGAAACUGGCAGAAAAGGAGGAAGAAAUGGAAAACAUAAG